UCGGGGGCUGCACCGAGUGGCAGGGGAGUGAGAGAGUCAGGGGUGGAUUUCUGAACAGUGGCUGGGUUGAGGUCAGAACCUGUGUGAGCUGGACAGAGGACAAGGACUUGGGACAGACAGACCAUGCAGGCUCUGUUUGGAUGGAGCGGGUUCCCUGCUGGCCUCGGCACAGGACCCACACCUGCCAUGGUGGAGUACUAUGAAGCCCUGGGAAUUCCCCGCAGCGCCUCCUCUGACGACAUAAAAAAGGCGUACAGGAAGGCGGCGCUGAAAUGGCACCCGGAUAAGAACCCGGAGAACAAGGAACACGCCGAGCAGAAGUUCAAAGAGAUCGCGGAGGCCUAUGAAGUGCUGUCGGACAAGAGCAAGCGCGACCUCUACGACCGCUACGGCAAGGACGGGCUCACGGGGGCCGGGACCGGGGAUCCCCGGGGUGGUGCAGGAGCUCCGGGCUUCACCUUCACCUUCCGCGGCGCGGACGAGGUCUUCAGAGAGUUCUUUGGGGGACGAGAUCCUUUCGCCGACUUCUUUGUGUCUGUCCUUGGCGGGGCGGGGGCUGAGUUCCAGGCUAUGCUCCCAUCACGGACCCCUGGAGAGCCCCCAAGUGGCGGUGACCCCUCCCGCUGCCCUUCCCAUUACCUACUGGGCCGCACUUACCCACCCACGUCCUGCUUUCCAGAUGACGUGGGCCUGUUCUCAGAUCUGCAUGCCGGAGGCCCGCGGGGCCACGGACGGGGGGGCCCCUCUGUGGCCUACUCCUUCUGCUCCUACGCCUUCCCGGAGCAGUCAGAUUUCUUCUCCUCGUCCUUCAGCCCCGGCACCGACCCCGGAAUCGGCUUCCGCUCGGUUUCCACCUCCACCACCUUUGUCAACGGCAAACGCAUCACCACAAAGAGGAUCAUCGAGAACGGCCAGGAGCGGGUGGAAAUCGAGGAGGACGGAGAGCUGAAAGCGACAGAGGUGAAUGAUGUAGCCAAAAAUGUGGAGCCUCAGGUGGGGCUGCACCGCCAGGAACAGCACGACAUCCUGAGCUCUGCGUCCGACUCCCCCACCCUGCAGCGCCCCCAGAGCACGGCCUCCUCCUAUAUGCUCCCCGAAGAGGAGGACAAAGAUCUGCACCGGGCCAUGGCCUACAGCCUGUCGGAGCUAGAGGACGUGGGGCAGCACCGAGCGGACGCCCGCGGCUCCAAGAAGAGACGGGGCAGCUCGCGGCGGGCCCGCAAGGGGGCCAGCGAGGAGGCGGGCGCUGCCCUGGCGCCUCAGAGCAGGGCCAAGGGAGCAGAGAGCCCUGGCGGAGGAGACAACGUGAAGGAGGGGGAGGAGAGGACGGUCGAGGUGCAGAAAGUGGGGAGCAAUCCAGGAGCUGCGGGGGGCGGGUUGGUGCCGGAGGAGAGCGAGUUCACGCUCAGCGACCUCAAGUCAGCGCUUGCUGAGAUCGAGUCUGCUCCUGACGAGAUGGAGUCGGUCGUGUGUGUCCUCCUGUGAUGGUGGCCAGCUGGGAUCCGCUGGGCCUGCCCCAGGCAGCGGCUAGUAAAGGUCAGGGUCAGCGCUCCGAGCCGGCGUCUUUAUCAUUCACUGGGUGAGGAGCCACUCAGGCAGGGCGGGAGCAAAGCCUCCCGGGCCAGGGUCUGUCUGGCCUCCAGCCCCAUUGCCCCGGGAGCGGCUCGGGGCCCCCGGCCCUGGGGGCUGCCUGGCGCUCCCCGUCUCCUUCUCUGGGACCAUAUGUCCAGGGUGGAGGUGCAGCGCUUUGGGAGGACCAUAGUCCUGGGGCGAGGGAGGGCGAGGGGUUUGGCUGAGGGGCAUCUGUGAUCUGCAUGCCCAGGCGAGAGGCUUUUCUCAGCUACUCCCUGGAAACCGGUGUCAGAAGAGGGUGCUGGGGGUCCUGGCCCCUCGGGGAGCAGCUGGAAGGGGUCAGAUCGAGGACCUGGAGCAAUUGACUUAUGAGGUGACAUGAAUGGAGCUAAACCUGCAGCGUGGCCAGAGGAGUGCGGGGUGGAGGUGAGAGCUGGCUCCAGGAGCUGGAGGAGGAACCCCGCUAGCGUUAGCACGGGACAAGGGGAGUAAGGGGGAGUAGCAGAGUGAAACUAACCAGGGAGUGAGAGCUGGGAAAGCUGCCUGGUACUGCAGGUGGCUGGACCAGGCUGGGGGAUCCUUUCCCGCGGGGAGGGCGGAAAGCCCGAGACCCCACCUGCUGCACGCCAGAUGAAUCCAGCCGCAAGCACGACCCGCCCAG